ACGGACGGACGGCAGACGGGACGCCACACCACGCCGGUGUGUAUCAAACGGUGUAGUUACAAAUAUUUUAUUGCUUAUUCACAUCGGUUUUGUGCGCGAUUCGCGGAUCGGGUGUGUUUCCUUUGACCGUUCGAGAACGCCACACGGUGGGUGAGCGAGAGAGAGAGACACGAAGAGACGUAGGUGCAGCAGUAGAUUUUGUUGUUGUUUGCAGAACGAGUUGUUUAAAGUUGUUGUAAUACUUAUCUGCUAAAAUUCGAUAAAAGCACAAACACACACAUGUAGGCGCGUGCAAUUUAAUACCGUAAAGGCAACUGCAAACGCACGUUGUAAGAGGAUAAUUAUAUGAAUACCUGUGCAAGACAGUUUUGGUGUUGGUUUUUGGCCAUUUUAUUUGAUUGGACGUCUUAAAGAAUAUGUGAGCAGGAAAAACCGUCGGCAAUUGUGUUUUAAAAUAUAAAAAUAUAUUUUUAAAAUAAAAAAAAAAAUAUUUUUACAGGAUUUUUGGAAAAAUUAUAUUAUUAAUUAAUAUAAAUAUUUUAAUUAUAUAUAAUAUAAUCAAUUUAAAAAUAAUUUAAAAAUUAAAAUUCACAGCCUCAUAACUUCGCCGCUUUCGUUCCAAUAUUCAAUAUGCAAUUUAGUGGUGCUUCCACGGGUACUUACCUCUUCUUUGUACUUUACAUUCAUUCAUUAAUAUUUACAUAUGUAUGUACAUAACUAUGUACGAACAACUUUCUUUACUUUAAAUUGUAUGUUCGUUGCCCAUUUAAGUCUUGUCAAGCAACAAUUUACCAGCAACUAUAAGCUGUUUACAGUGUGUCCCACCAGCAACCGCUUUGCGCUGAUGACCGUGUAUUGCUGAGUUGCAAUUUUAAUUGAAAUUCGAUACUUCAGUGCGAGUUGCAAGUUUACUAGUCAAUGCAGAUACAGAAAAAACCUAAAAAAAAUGAAAUAAAACUGCAAUUCAGAUUGAAAUGGUGAUAAAUGCAAACGCGUACAUAAGCAUAUAUGUUGGCGCAUUAUACCCGUAAAUCAGCGAUAUGAAUGUUGGUAAACCGCUAUGGUAAACACGCACUGCUUACCCCCCUUCAUGUUUGCUGUGCACCCAUUGCAUGGGUCUGCCGUCAGGCAGACUUUGCUGAUGUCGUCUACGACGCCGUCGACGCUUUGUCGGUGAUCCCAAUAGUUCAUCCGGUAUAUAUUCGAAAUAUUUCCGGAAUUGCAAAGCACGCGAUAACAACAAGAAAAUGUAAUAAGUAAUGGAAGGAAAACAAUAUGAAUUGAAUAUUUACGGUUAUACCCUUUAUGGUUCGUGGUUUGAUUAUGAGAAGUUGAGAAGAAUUUGUGAAAAUAAUAAACUUAAUAAAAAUUAUUUUAGUGUGGAGUAAAUUUGAUAAAAUUAUCCUUGUUGUGUAUUAAAAGUUAAUGAUCCCAAAGGUUAAGAGGCUGUACCCAGCUAUAAAUCCCUCUUUUUGAUACAAAUAAAGUUGAAAAACGAAAUAUCUCAAAUUAACUUCAUAAUGAUUUUGUUAUAUUGAUAUAAAACCCGUUAACCUUUGAGUUAUCGGAAUAAAUUUUCAUUCUUCAAGUUUGUAAAUAUCGGCAACUGAUUAAGAUAUUUCAAAAAAAAAAUUUGUGUACCUUUUAAUAUUUGUAUUUUCAUUAUGUUGAAAGCAUCUGAUACUUCAUAUUGCUGUUUUCCGUUCCUAUUUUUAUUCAUUUGUAUCUCUGCAAAAUAUAUUUGUUCAACAUAUUAUAAUCAGAUCAGCCCGAUAUACCUCUUCCUUAUAUUUCUUAAUUCUUAGAAACAUUCUGUUUGAUAGACGACGAGCUUUUCAUAUUUUAAUGACUAUAUUCUGAACUUCAAAAAAUUACGUCCAGAACUAUUUGGUACAUAGGCCCACGAGCCCGUAGUUAAUAUUAUACAUAUAGAGAGGCAAAACUGUCGAGCACUUUUAUGAAGACUUGAUUUCCCUGACAAUCUUAUCUGGUAUCCAGGAACUAUUUUUUUUGACUCAUUUUUGGUUUAACUAUCACUAUAAUUAUCGACCAAAAAUUAUAAAAUGUGUAAUUUUCCUAAGUAAAAGUAAUGAAUGAAUGGAGUACAAAUUAUAUAUAUGUUCAUUCCAGCAAAUUCUUACUUAAAAGCACAAUUUCUUGCACACAGGUCAUACUUUCUUUUGGUCAAAAAAUAUCACAAUAAAUAAUUAUGAAAUAAAAAUAUAAAUAAUAAGCAAUAACUAGGUGUUUAUAAAAAGUCAAAACUCAAUUAAAAAUACCUUUUCAUUGCAUUAUUGAAUUGUGAAUGAAUUUACGAAACUCACUACGUUUGCGCAAUUCGAAUGAUCGUCAGCUAAAUGCGAGCUUUUAAUUCAUACCUGCAAUAUGUAUAUGCAAAUAUGUAAGAACUGUAAAGACUUGCUAAUACAUAUCUUUUUGGUUGUUAAAUGCUUGUGUUUAUGAAUUAUUAACAACAACAAAACACUACUACAUAUGUACAUAUGUCGACCUGUGCACUAUGUUUACAAAACACAAGUCGUUGUUGUCAGCGCUCAAUUGUCAUACAAAUCGCCGAUUAGUGAUUGCGUGAAGUUCAAGCGAAGAAAGUGUUAUAUCCUCAAUGCGGAUCGGUGAUCGCUAAAUAUGAUCGAGUGAAAUUUAUACAAAUUUGUAGUUACAUACAAUAAAUAUGCCAAUAUGUGCAAUGCAACAUUGUUUUGCAAAUUAUGCAAUGCAAUUCGAUGCAUUGUUUAUUUGAUUGAUUAAAUGAUUAUACAGUUUUGUCGCUGUGAUUAACAUUAAAACUUAAACGUUUAGGCAUUACGAGUGAUUUGUGUAGAUAAUCAUUAAUUCAAUUACUCGCUUCGGUUGUCUGUACUUAUGUACAUACAUACAAACAAGUGUACAUUUAUACAUACUGUUAGCAUAAUAACUCUAACGCGUGUGUAAUUGCAUUUGAUUUGCAUUGAAUUUGUUACAAUUUGUGCGCAUUUGGUUUAUAAUUUCUACUUAAUGCACUUCAACUCAUAAUAAACAAUUAUUCAGCUGUGAAACGAUUUGAAUUCAUAUAAAAUCAUGUCAUACAACGUGCCGCAACAAAAGGUGACAUUACAACCAACGACAACAGCAGGCAGUUUUAUGAACGCCGUUUCAACUCGACCGACUGCAUCGCCCACAGCCGCCACCGCACAACCCGUCGCGCCGAUCCAACAGCACCCCACCAACCUUAGCACCAACGCAACGCACAACGUAGCCACCGCUGCUGCUGCCAACGCGCCGCAACCCACACUCACCGCUUCGGUUGCGUCCGCUGUUGCCGCUGCCGCUGCCGCCGCCGCUGCUGCUGCAGCAGCUGCAGCUGGCGCUGUGCCACCAACAAGCACAAGCAUAAAUAAUAACAACAACAACAGUCACAUUAACAGCAACGUCGUGCCUUUAACCAAGGGCAUUACGUCCACAGUAGCAACGCCGCUAACAAUCACAUCCGCCGCCGCCGCCGCUGCAGCUGCUGCUGCUGCCGCCGCACAUCAUCAUCAUAACAACAGCGUCAAUAGCAGUCCAAUGGCCGUAACAUCGUCAGUACCGCCGGGCGCGCGCUCCAUAUCGCCAUGCUCAGCAGCUGCCACACCCUACGGCAGUAGUAGUAUACCAGGUGGCGCGAGUCUUAGCGCGAGUGGACCCGGUAGUGGUGUAACGGUUUCGGUAAUUGGUCCACCGGGCAGUGGGCCGCCAGGUCUGCCACCCAGUUUGGCGGGCGGUCCACCAGGUGCGCCUGGUGGUGUACCACCGCCGCCGGGUACGCCGGGCUCAAAUCGUUGCUGUGAUACUGGACGCACAAUCUACACGGAUCCCGUUAGCGGUCAAACGCUGUGCUCAUGUCAAUAUGAUAUGCUCAGCUACCAGCGGUUAGCGGCCGCCGGCGGACUUGUCACGGGUCCUGGAGGUGUGCCGAUAGGCGUCUAUCCCGAAGGCAUGUCUGCGUAUCUAUCGGGCAUAGCGGCCGAACAGCCGCCGUUCUAUGCGAAUCCGGCUGGUUUGGAUUUGAAAGAGAAUUUGGUAGCUGGCGGUGCGCCAUGGCCAUAUCCAUCGGUUUAUCAUCCCUACGAUGCAGCGUUCGGCUAUCCAUUUAAUAGUUAUGGUGUCGACUUGAAUGGAGCGCGUCGCAAGAAUGCCACCCGCGAGACCACCUCAACAUUGAAAGCCUGGCUGAAUGAACAUAAGAAGAACCCUUACCCCACGAAGGGGGAGAAAAUCAUGUUGGCAAUUAUAACGAAAAUGACGUUGACGCAGGUGUCGACAUGGUUCGCGAAUGCGAGAAGAAGACUGAAAAAAGAGAAUAAAAUGACGUGGGAGCCGAGAAAUCGCGUCGACGAGGAUGAUGCAAAUAUCGAUGAUGACGAUCAUAAGAGCACCGAUGAUAAUGAUUUGCUAGAUGCCAAAGACUCUGGUUUGGGCUCGAACGAUGACAAAGAUCGCUCGAAUCGUUUGGGCGACUUGAGUGACCGUCCCGGUGAGAGCAACAAUAGCGAAUGGUCUGGUUCGCGUCCUGGCUCACCAAAUGGCUCACCCGACCUUUAUGAUCGCCCCAUGGGCAUGCCUGGUGGCGGUCAUCCACUCUUUCAUCCCGCCGCGUUACAUCACCACUUCCGCCCACCAGCCGGUUCACCACCCGACAUCGCUGCCUACCAUCACCAUCAACAACAGCUGUUGCAGCAACAUCAGCAAGCUCAACAUAAUUCUUUACAAGCGGCUAGCGGUGCAGGUGGUCUUGGCGGUGUCAGUACCAGCGCCAGUUUAGCAGCGAAACCACGCAUAUGGUCGCUAGCGGAUAUGGCAUCCAAGGAUGGUAAAGACUCAUCCGCGAAAGAUAGUCCACCCGGCGGUAUAGGUUUGCCCGGUAGCGGCGGACUUGGCGAAUUACCACCCACACAUCCCGCACUCUAUGGCCAUCCCGCGCAACAUGCCUCACCCGGUAAGAUUUUGUCACCGCUGGCGGCGCGCAUACCAAAUUAUUCACCUUAUGUGCGGCCCGAUCUGUAUCGCGGUUUUUACAACCCCGCCGGUCUUACGGGACCCUCUCAGGAAUUUCUCGAGCAUCAGCGUAAUUUCAACGCCAGCCUAGCAGCACACAAUGGACUCAGCAUGAAUCCGCUGCUAUGGAAGGCCGCCGUUACUGGUGGCACACCCUUCGCGCCACUCAGCCUCACCACAACGGGCAGUCAUCAUACGCCACAACAUGUGCCACCACCAGCGGGCGCCUCACCAUCAGCCUCCAGCACAUCCUCAUCGAUUGGUUGCGAUGUUGUGCAGCCACCCACCUCGAUGAGUCUCUCACAAUCACAUCAUAUGGGUCCCAUCUCCGGCAAUUCCACAUCCUCAUCGAACUCCUCCAAUUCGGGUAAAUUGUCGCCGGGCAAACCAUGACAGUUGACCGUAAUACCAAUGUCGCCGUCGGUAAAUGCUACAACAAACAUAACCAAAACAACAACAAUGUUGUCCGGAGCGAAUGCAGCGCUGCCGCAGUCAACUACAGCUGCUGCUGCGUCGUCGACUUCGCUGUUACUCGUCAGCGCUGCAACCCCUGCGCUCACACACACACACACUCAUACGCAUACGCACACACUGACCCAUGUGAUACCAGCAGCGGCAGCGGCCGCAGCAGCAGCUGCCUCAGCAGCAGCUGCCUCAGCGUCGCCAAUGUCCGCCUUUCGUUCGUUGAUCGCAUUUCGCGAACAGCAUAUGCAACAACAAGCGCCAAAAGUGACGUUGCGGCCGUAAUUCGUAUAACGGUGUACAACCGAGUGUGUUGUUGUAGCGUGAGGUGAGUAAGCGAAACAACACGCAUACACGGAGAGUGUUUGUGGAGGUGGGCGCAACGAAAUUGAGAAUUUGACCUAUCGGACAAUAAUUUACAUGUGAUUUGAUAAUUUUUAAUUGAGCGGUGAGUACACAGCCCACUUGUAGACGUUUACACCAAAAAAAGUAUUUGAUUAGCAGAGCAAAUGUAAAAACCAGUAAAUAUGCAAGUAUAUACAAAAAUAUGUAUGUAUGUUAAGUUAACGGCAUUCGAGUUUCUCUGUUUAGUCUUCUUUUUCGUUGCAAUGUAUAUAAGAGUAGGUGGAAGAGUACAUAUUAUAUAUAGACAUAUAAAGAAAAUAACCUAAAAUAGUACACCGGAAGAAAUAACCAAAACUCAAAGAAAUAAAACUUAUGCAACAGAGCUUAUAGCGAGUAACAGUUAGAAAAAGAAAUUGUAAAAAGCACGAUACACAGAACGAAAAAUAAAAAAAUUAAAAGGAGUAGAGUCGAGUUAUAUACAAUAAGCAAAUAAUUUUUCGCAAUGUAAAAAGAAAAGAAAAAACAUUAAAGUAUUCGAGACACAAACUACAAAUCAGUGACAAAUUAUGCAAUAAAAAUAAUUAUAAUUUAUUUAAAUUAAUUUCGCAAGCUGACAAAAAACAUAUCAAAGAGCAGUAAAGCAGUGAGCAGCGCAGUAAUAAAAAAAUAAUUAAAUAAUUUUAAGCAAACAAUUUUUCAGUGUAUACUAAAAUACACUCACACAUACUUAGUCGUUUAGGUUGUUUUGUAUUGUUUUAAGCAUAAAACGUUUUUGUUCCUGUCGUUUGUAAAAUAAUUUAUUAAAUAAAAAAUAAUAAAUAAAAAUUAAUUAAAAUAAAUUUUUAUGCAACUUUAAAGUUGAAAAAAAAAAAAACAAAUCAGCGUAAUUGAGAAAAUAAGCACAAUUUUGAAAAAAUAAAAAAAAAUUAUAAUGUAAUGCAAGGUCUGCAAACCUUAAAGUGUAGCAAGCAUUUUUCCAAUUUAGCAAUUGGAAAAUGAUAUUAACAUAAAUGUAUAUUUUUUGUAAAUUGUAAAUAAUCGCAUGUAUACAGAAUUUGUGUUUUACUUAGCACAUACUUAAAUACAAUAAUAAUUAGAUUAUUUAACAUACACUGUAGUAAACGUAAAUAAGUGAUUAGCAAUUAGUUAACUAUGUAUAUGUGUUGAAAAUAACAGUAAACAAGGAAAAUAAACUGCAAAAAUUAUGUGAAGAAAAGUGAAUAAUUAUAGUCAUAAUGCAAAGUGUAUAAGUAAUGGAUUGUAAUUUAAUAUAAUUAGUACACACACACAUACAUAUAUACAUAUACAUAUAAAUAAAAACGAAGCAGUGCAGUAUGUAUUACAAAUAAUUAUUAUUCUAAUGCAAUAAGUAAACGAAAAUUAUAAAAUUAAAAAAUAAAUAAAAAUAAAAAAGAAAUAUGUGAAAUAAAAAUACCGUUGAGCAUACAACGCAUUGUACCAUUGUAAUUGUAGUACUUAUAUUAUUUAAUUACAUUUUACAUUACUAGCAAUGCAAAGCUGAGGUAUGUAUUUGUGAAAAAUGAACAACAAGAACAGCAAAUGAGCGCAUUGCGUACAACGCUAGAAAUAGCUGGCAAAUCGCAACAAAUCGUUUGAUUGUGAAAUCGCUUUAAUCGUAAGCGGAAGCAAGAAUAAAAAAAAUACAAA